AUGCCUUCUCCCAAAACGGCUGCUUUCGUUUUGAGUUGUUUGAUGUGGUAUUUUGCUUCAGCUUUAUCUUCAAAUACCUCGAAAGCACUUCUUUCCUCGCAGAAAAAGGUUAGCCCGCCCACGCCAGCUCCUUUUCCAUACCCAGUCACAUUGACGUUGAUUCAAUUCAUCUUCAUUCACGCUUUGAGUGCAUCCGUUGCAUCUGCUACGAUCAUGCGUCAUGUACCUGGAAUGCGUAAACCAGUCACUCGAAUCGUGUCCAACCCGGGAUGGAAGAGAAUUUCAGAUAUGGCAAAAUUGAGCGUCUUCAAUGUGGUAGGACAUGCUCUGAGCACGGUUGCAAUCAGUCGUGUUCCCGUUAGUACAGUUCAUACGAUCAAAGCUUUAACUCCGCUCUUUACCGUUUUGAGCUUUCGAUUCGUAUUUGGCGUUCAAUAUUCGUUUAUGGCAUACUUUUCUUUGGUACCUCUCACUUUGGGUGUGAUGAUGGCUUGUACUUCUCUAUCAUUCAGUGCGAAUGAUUUAGUCGGUCUAAUCACUGCUUUAGCCAGUACUUUGAUCUUUGUCGCUCAAAGCAUUUAUAGCAAAAAUCUCGUUGGAAGAGGAUCGGAUAAAAACGUGCCUGCCGAUAGCAAGGAUGCCAAAUUGGACAAGAUCAACAUCUUAUACUACACAAGUGCAUGUUCGAUAGGGAUAAUGAUUCCUAUGGCAUUGUAUUAUGAUGGUGCAAAGAUGUUCUUUGGGGAGGAAUCGAUUGGCAUCAAAGCUUCUUCUUUAUACGUUUUCUCCAUGGUAUCGGCCAAUGGAAUCGUUCAAUUUGCGCAAAAUUUCCUUGCUUUCAGUGUUUUGGCACUUGUUUCACCGGUAACCUAUUCGAUCGCAUCUUUAUUCAAACGUGUCUUCGUCAUUUGCUUUGCAAUUAUUUGGUUUGGUCAAUCGGUUAGCAUUCUUCAAUGGUUCGGAAUCGUUUUAACAUUUGUAGGUUUAUACAUCUAUAAUGAUGCCAAAUCAAGCAAGAGUAUUGCUAAAGCGGAAGAAAAGAUGGAAUUGGAUCAACGUAAAAAAGAAAUGGUUCUUCCCUUUACUGCAAGAGGAGCUGCUUGGCUUUCUACAGCCAAUGAAGCAAAGCAUACACAAUCAACUUCUAUCAGCUUACAUGGACCUUCGAAUUCGAUUCAUUCUGCACCUUCCCAUCAUGUUUCAUUCUUGCAUGAUCCUAGACGUACAAUUCCUUCACCACCGCCUUCACGUGGACCUAGUUCAGAUGAUGAAAGUGGAAUGAUUACGGGAAAAUUGAAAGAUACCAGUAGAUAG